AUGGCGACAGUCACCGGUGACUAUGAGAACGCUGCUCCAGCACGGGUCUUCGUCUUCAGCAUUCCGAAAACAGGAAGCGCAGCAGCAUUGUAUGGCAUGAAGGCCUGGUUCCGUGAGAACGGCAAAGAUCCUGAGAACGUUGUCCGCUGCCACAAUCCGUUUCGCUUUCGCUACUGUCCAGAAGCACAGAACCUCACGACUUGCACCCCCAGCAACUGGUGCUUGAUCGCAUCUGGCGUUCGAAGGCUAGCGCCACAACUCUUAGCGGCCUACUGUCAACACCGUUGCGGACCAGGAGUCAACACUGAAUCUUGCCAAGCCGUGAUGAAGAUGAAUUCUACAAGGCUUCACAAGAGCAUCGUCCAAGAAGCCGAGCAGAAGCUAAUUGGCGGAGUGGGCGCCAAUCCUGCUGACUGGUGGUCGCACACCAAGUUGGUCUUGCACAAGUUUGGGCUUCGGCUCUCACUGAAUGAGCUGAUCCGUGAUGGCGUGGCGAAGUCGCCAAAUGCAGUGUGGGUAACUCUACCGAUGUUUGAAGAGGUGUCAGAGACGGGCAUUCAGUUACGCGAAGCCAAGAUGAGCAAGUGGCUGCCAGGAGUGACUUUGAAGGACAGCCGUCCUCAUGCUCGACCCUUCUAUGAAAAGCAGUACGGAGCCAUGAAGUCGGAGUUGAAGCGUCUCAAAGGCAAGUUCUGGCCACCAUCCGUGCGCGAUGCCAUCUUAAAUUCUGCGCGCACGGCGGCGCCCUGCGUCGUGUUCUUCGACGAGGUCGACGCCCUGGGUGCCAGCCGUGAGAGCGAGGGAGGAGGCGUCUCCUCGCGUGUGCUGGCGCAGCUGCUUGCAGAGAUGGAUGGGAUAGGGGCCGCGACGGCUGGCAGCACCACGCGGCACGUGGUGGUCCUCGGCGCCACGAACCGACCCCAGGCCUUGGAUGCGGCGCUGGUGCGCCCAGGGCGCUUCGACCGGCUCGUACACGUCCCUUUGCCUGAUGCAGAUGCCCGGCUUGCCAUCUUCGAGCGGCAGUUGACGCGCAUGCGCGCAUCGCCCGAAGUGCUGCCCUCCUCCCUGGUCCUACAAACAGCAGGCUACAGCGGCGCUGAGGUCGUUAUGGUCUGCCGAGAGGCGGCGCUGUUGGCUAUCCGCGACGUCUUAGGGGCUGGAGAGGGCCAGGAGGUGCCGCCCUGCGCGACUCCGGCGCACUUCGAGCGCGCCCUGCAGACGGUGAAGCCUCGGAUCACUGCGGAGACGGCACGAUUCUACGAGGACUUUGAGAGGAGCCUUCAGCCGGGAUAA